AUGGCUACAGCACAAAACCUGAUGCUGGUGGCUGUGAUGCUGGGUUUGGCAGGAGCAAGCCCUGUCCCCACUCCCAAACCUGACACAAUGAAGAGGGGCUGCCAUAUUGACAGGUUCAAAUCUCUGUCACCCCGGGAGCUGGAUACCUUCAAAAGGGCCAAGGAUGCAUUGGAAGAGUCACUCUUGCUGAAGAAAUGGAGCUGCAACUCCCAAAUCUUCCCAAGUACCUGGGACCUGAGGGAGCUUCCGGUGUGGGAACGCCCUGUGGCCUUGGAGGCUGAGCUGGCCCUGACACUGAAGGUCCUGGGGAAUGUGGACAACUCAGCUCUGGGGCCCAUCCUGGACCAGCCCCUUCAUACGCUGCACCACAUCCAUUCUGAGCUCCGGGCCUGUGUCUCUGCUCAACCCACAGCAGGUCCCAAGACCCGGGGCCGCCUCCACCGCUGGCUGCACCGGCUCCAGGAGGCCCUGAGGAAGGAGUCCCAAAACUGCCUUGAGGCCUCUGUCACAUUCAACCUCUUCCGCCUGCUCAUACGGGACCUGAAAUGUGUUGCCAGCGGAGACCAGUGUGUCUGA